AUGGCGGAAACGCAACCUAGACGUACUCACGUCGGCAGAAACUCGUGGAAAACAGUCCGUACGCUCUUGCGGAAGAUAAGAACGAAAUCGAACUCGAAUGAAAAAGCGCAGUCCAACUUAAUAGAGGGAAAACGGAAAAAUUCCACGCCGACAACAACGACAGAUGAAUCCGCUAACGUCUCGGUUGCCGAGUUCGCUGUGCCUGGUAUGCAGAAGGCCCUCGUCGUUGCUCGUAAGGGCGAAUACGAGAUCCGCCAUGACUUCCCGAUGCCGACCGUCGGGGACGAUGAGAUUAUGAUUCGAGGACAUUACGUCGGCCUGAACCCUAUCGACUGGAAAUCUGUUGACUAUAAUUUCUGCUUGCCUGAAUUUCCAUGGGUUACGGGCCGAGAAAUGUCUGGGGUGGUAGCCCAAGUUGGUUCUGCCGUUACUCAUUUUAAGCAGGGCGACUAUGUCUGGACCAGUACGUACUAUAAGGACGUUCGUGCUGGCUGUUUUCAGGAGUAUGUGGUUGUGCCCUCGCAUACUGUGCUUCCCAUCCCAUCAGGAGUACCCAUCGAGGCCGCGGCAUGCCUAGGUGUUGCGGCCUUGACUGCAUCUAUGACACUAUGGAAGUGGUUAGGCGUACCGUUUCCGCAACAGCCCGCAGAUACCGAAGAGGAGCCAUGGCUUUUGAUCUGGGGUGGCUCUACUGUUACAGGUCAAUUCGCUACGCAGAUUGCGCGGCUCAGCGGGAUUAAAGUAAUAACCGUCAAUUCCGGGGAGACGAAGUCGUUAUCCGAGCGCUUGGGUGCGAGCCAUGUAGUAGUGAGAGACGGAAAGUCAGAUGAACAGGUUGUGGACGAGAUUCGAGCUAUCACCAGCGGCAAUAUCACGCGAGCAAUCGACUUAGUAGGACCUAAGACAGCAACACUAGCGCUUGAUUCCGUAUCAAAAACCAAGCCAGUCGCUUUCGCACCGCUAGCCAUGAUGUCAGGUUCUCAAAUAGUCCCCGAGAACGUCGAAGUGCAUACGGUUGAGAUGAAGCAAUUCGUCCUUGAUAAGAGCAACGUCCGUUAUACCGAAGAACUCGGAAAGCUAUUAGAAGGAGGCAGGAUUAUUCUGCCCGAGUUACAUUUAAUUGAUGGAGGUUUACACUCAAUUCAAGGGGGGCUAGAGAUGUUGAAGAAGGGGAACUUGAAAGGCAAGAAGUUGGUGGUGCGGAUGUAA